AAUCACUAUAAUUCUAUCGGAAAACAUUGCAUCAUCAAUUUCUUUACGUACAUUUAAAAUGACUGAUUCCUCACAGAGCUUUAAACGGAGAAGAUUAGUGUAGGCUUCCCUAUCGUUUUUUACCUUUUCACCUAAAGAUCGAUUGAACAGUGAAAGUGCAACAAUUUUGUGGUCCGGAUACAAAUUCUUCGUUGCUGGCUGUCUUGGCUAACCCUCGACCAACAUGAAUAUCUUUAGACUGUUAGGGGAUAUUUCCCACCUUGCCGCACUCAUAAUAUUGUUAUUAAAGAUUUAUUCCUCUCGUUCGUGCAAGGGCCUCUCAGGAAAAACUCAAAUUAUGUUUGCGUUGGUGUUUACUGCCCGAUAUGUUGACUUGUUCGUAUACUACAUAUCUGCAUACAACACGAUAAUGAAAAUUACAUUUAUUGUGUUGUCUUACUUAACGGUUUACUUCAUUUAUGUUAAGUUCAAGGCAACUUUAGACACAAAUGAUCAUCUGUUUCGUCUUCCCUACUUUGUGAUCCCCAUUGGUGGCCUCGCAUGUCUUGUCAACCACAAGUUUGAGUUUUUGGAGGUACUGUGGACAUUUUCUAUAUAUCUGGAAUCAGUUGCUAUUUUGCCUCAAUUAUUUAUGAUCAGUAGUACAGGUGAAGCGGAAACGAUAACUGCGCACUAUUUAUUCGCAUUGGGAUCUUAUCGUGCUUUGUAUUUGGUCAAUUGGAUAUACCGAUAUUAUGUGGAAGAUGUUUAUGACUUGGUAGCUAUUGUAGCUGGAUGUGUCCAAACACUAUUAUACAUUGAUUUCUUCUACCUUUAUGUCACUAGAGUACUCAAAGGUCGCCAACUUAUUCUUCCAGUCUGAGAAAAAAGGCAAUAUUUCGUUUGUUCGUUAUUUCUCUCGUUACAAUACUGGUUCAUUUGUCUUAGUGGUAAAUUUGUUGAAAACAUGUUCAAACCUCAAGUGCCCAGGUAAAUCGAUUCAUUGCUGGUUCUAUUCAGUUAAUUUUCUUCUUGAACUGUAAACUUUGCUUUCCUUCUCUUAUCUAUAUGUGUUUUUCUAUCUAGUAUUAUUGACUUCACUGUUUAUGGUUUCAUAAAAAUAUAAGUGACAUGGAGUAUUUGGUGUGUUUGUUUUAUUUUAUGUAUUUAUAUAUAAGAAAGUGUUCUCUUCGCUUCAUUUUUCCUUGAAAAUGUAAAACGCUUUCAACCCAUAUAUAUAUAUAUAUAUAUAUAUAUAUAUAUAUAUAUACGCCGUUUUAAUAACCGGUUAAUAUGUGUGUCUAAGUACCCAAUAACAAUACACUUCAUUUUUCUAUAACUUGCUUCAUAACAUACUUUAUUAUUUCAAAAACUUUUUUUCACUUAUUUGUUUACUUGUCAAAUUUUGUUAACACUUCUUUUUUGCUUUUGUUUGCUCUCCUCUUCCAAAUAAAUUAAACAUCAUAAAUGCCUAUUAUACAGUUUUCUGACUUCUUAUUUCAUUUAAGAUCGAGUUGAAACUACCUGUCAAGGCUAAUGGUAUAGGUUUUUCAAAUCAUCUUUUUAUGCAGAAAUAUGACUUCGAGUCCUAACGCAAAAGUCGCGGUUAUGAAAAUACACGUCUUACUAGUGAUUGGAUGAUAAGGAAAACACUUUUAUUACAGAAAUUCCUGUAAAUUAUUUUACAGUCAACCGAUAAAUUUUCCUUUAUUUAUGUCACUAACUGACCUAUGUUCGAUAUCCUUUGAAAAUCAGGUAGCACAGGGCAGCUGUUCCGUCCUAUUACAGGACUUAGCAAUACGCAUUCAGAGCUCCGCCACUGGAGAUCGAACUCAUAACCUUCGGUCUCUGCGAACAUUCACACAAAAAGCUACGACUUUUCUCCAGUAUAUAUAUUUUUACGGACGUGUAUCGAUAAAGUUCACUCUUUGGUUGAUAAGUUAUUUGCAAACAUGGAUCGACUAUUUUCACUGUUAGUAAAUUAUGUUGGAUUCGAUGUUUUAUUCAUUGUGUAAAUAUUUUGAAGUAAUCUAAAUUAUAUUUAGUCUUUUUGCCGUCCACCUCCAACCAACUAAUAUCUUAAUAGAGUGUACAUUGGCAAGUCGCUUACAGUAGCGGGUACAUCUUAACUUGAUCGAUAGAACUCGGUCAGUACCAAGUACUGGACAAACGCGACAUUGUUCACUACUCAGAGAUCGAUCAAUUUUCAAUAUCUCAAAUCUACAUGAAAUCAAUCGCGGUCCAAACAGCCUGGUAAUAAUUUCCUUAUCCGUAAAGCUAGAUGAUGUGAGUUCGAGUUCUACGGGGAGCAUCAGUUUUCUCAGG